UGUCCUCAAUGGUUAGAUGCUUUGUCACAUAGUCUUGUCAAGGUUCGAGAGCUGGUAACCAAAGGGAAAUCAAAGCAAACUACCCCCUGCUCAAAAUUUAACUUUCACGUGAUUCCAAUUUCAUGAGCUAAUUAGGCCAUAAAUACCAUCACAAUUAGCAAAGAAGUAACUUGUUUCGUUCACAAGCUUUUCCGAAGAUGGCAAGCCAUGGCAAUAGCUUAGUCCCUAAGGUAUCCAUUAAAGGUUUUCACUCGGUUACUCCGAUGAGAAUAACCGAACCACGACAGACACGACGAGUGCUGUCACGGGAUCUUGUUGGUCCGGAGAUGUUCCAGAGGUGUUUCAACAUGGUCCAAUGCUACAUGAAGGGAUAAGAUUCAGGUUGGGUAGUUGCAGGGUGGAUUAAAGAGUCACUUGGGAGAGCUUUGUUGGAACAACCGAUGAUCUCCGGACGUCUUCAGAAAAGGGACCGAAACGAUGGUGAGUUGGAGAUCGUGUCCAACGAUUCGGGCGUUCGAAUAAUCGAGGCAACGAUUCAGACUACUCUUUCGGAGUUUCUCGAUUUGAAGCAAAGGGAAGAGGCUGAAGCUCAGCUUGUUUUUUGGAACGAUAUCGAUGAACAUAAUCCACAGUUCUCCCCACUAUUCUAUGUUCAGGUGACCAAUUUCCAAUGCGGAGGAUACUCGAUCGGAAUCAGCUGCAGCAUUCUUCUGGUAGACUUUUUCUUAAGAACUGAGUUCAUCAAGACAUGGGCGAGCAUUCACAAUAACAUUGUCGACCACAACAAUGAACGAAAGCUACCCUUAUUUUACUUGCCGGGUGUCAAUGGUACCACCGACUCCUCCCCUAAUUUAUUCAGCGCAAGUACUCCAAACAAAAACGAAAGCAAAACCAUGGUGUUCAAUAUCAAUGCUGAAAGUAAGAAUAUGGAGAUUGAAUGGUGCCAACAAAUUGCGUUAGCUUGUGUUGAGGAUGCGGAGAACGGUCUUGGAAGUGAAAUGGGUGCUGAGUUUUGUUUGUUUGUGAAUGAAUCAUUUGAGGUCAUCAAGGUAGAAAGCUGCUCAAAACAUGGGAUGUUGAAGCCGAAGCUGAAGGCUAACAUGGAGGUCAUUUAUGCAAAUUGGGAUGAUUUAGGGACAAACGAUGUUAGUUUCCGACUAGGAAAUAAACCCGUUCAUGUUUCCCAUUGGUUUCGGUCGAUUUUGCGUGGAGUUGUCGUCGUAAUUCCUUCACCAGAGGAGGAGCAGGGUGCAUACACAGUGAAUAUCUUUGUCACAGUUCCUAAUGAAAAGUUCUGAGAGAGAUAUCAUGAGGAUAUGUGUGUAUUCAUGUCAUAAUUGUAUUAAAAGUAUUUUAUAUUUCGAGUGCGAGUCUUUGGAUAUAUUUUCUAGCUUUAAUUUUAGAGAAACCUAAAAAUUGUAGUAUCCAGUGGUCAUCUUCUUGUAUGAUUGCUGCAAUAAAAUUGGUAUCAGAUUACCUUCAAGAGAAGUGCUGCGAAUAAGAGCUCAGGCCAUUAGCAUUAUGGAAACCGCAUCCCAGUCUUUAGUGGAGGGCCAAGAGCAGUGCCAACUGAUCCGGUGCCAUGGAUUUAUGGAGUCACUGUUGCCAAAGCAUGAGAAUCCCUCUAAGGGCUAAUUUGGCAAUACUUUUAAAAAGUGCUGUGAAAAAGUAUUUUUGAGAGUGUUUUUAAAAAGUUUAGUUUAAAACUUGAGUAUUUAGCAUUGCUGUCAAAAGGUACUUUUGAGAAAUAAAAGGUUCAUUUUAGA